GGCGCCUCCUGAUGACGCACACGGAAGCGUCGGCACCUCCUGGAGAAAGGGAGACCAGCGCAGCUCUGUCCCUGAGACCGGCGGCGGCGGCGUUUCCACCCGGUCCGACAGCUCUCGGGGAGUCUCGGACGUGAGGCCCGAGACCCCAGCCCCUACGAGCCCAGAUGCCCAUCCAGCCUCCAGGCAAAGAAGCGGAAGAGAUGGAGGCAGAAGGCGACUCAGCAGCAGAGAUGAAUGGGGAGGCGGACGAGAGUGAAGAGGAGCGGAGCGGCAGUCAGACAGAGUCAGAGGAGGAGAGCUCAGAGAUGGACGACGAGGACUAUGAGCGGCGCCGCAGUGAGUGUGUCAGUGAGAUGCUGGACCUGGAAAAGCAGUUCUCAGAGCUGAAGGAGAAGUUAUUCAGGGAACGGCUGAGCCAGCUGCGCUUAAGACUAGAGGAAGUGGGGGCUGAGAGAGCCCCAGAAUAUACAGAGCCUCUUGGAGGGCUGCAGCAGAGCCUAAAGAUCCGCAUUCAGGUGGCAGGAAUCUACAAGGGCUUCUGUCUGGAUGUGAUCAGGAAUAAAUAUGAGUGUGAGCUCCAGGGAGCCAAACAACACCUAGAGAGUGAGAAACUGCUGCUGUAUGACACACUGCUUGGGGAGCUGCAGGAGCGGAUCCAGAGGCUGGAGGAGGACCGCCAGAGCCUGGACAUUAGCUCUGAGUGGUGGGAUGACAGACUGCACGCCAGAGGCGGCUCCAAGACCUGGGACUCACUGCCACCCAGCAAGAGGAAGAAGGCACCUCUCGUUUCUGGCCCAUACAUCGUAUACAUGCUGCAGGAAAUCGACAUCCUGGAGGACUGGGCGGCCAUCAAAAAGGCCAGGGCAGCAGUGUCCCCUCAGAAGAGGAAAGCAGACGGACCCUGACCCUGUGUUCACACUCAGCUGGUACCUACACGGGACUAACACUUUCCUGCAAAGGCAGGGGUUGCCUAGUAGCUCUCCAGUGUCGCUGCUGUCCCCUGGCCUCUGCUCUCCGUGAGAUCGGCAUAGCUGUGGCCCUGAAGCUGACCUGGCCAAACAAGACUGUUGUCUCCAUCCCUGACCAGCCCACCAUUUCCCCCUCCCAAAGAGUAACUUCCUCAGUGUCCCCCAACAAAGAAGAUGGGCUUCUUCCAAAGCAGCAACCCUCCUGACUUUCAACCCUGCCCCCUAGCCACCGAGCCAGGAGCUGGGCUCCACUCCAGGAGGAACUCUAGAGCCAGAAACAUUAUGUUGGGGUCUUGCCCAUCCUAGCUGUCGCUGGAGAUGACAGCUUCCCAGACUUUCUCAGGGCCAUUCCUGGUGUCUGCCUCCCAGAUUCCAAAGACUGGAAUAAAACUUAUCCUGGGACCUUGA